AUGGGAGUACACUCAUUAUGGAAAAUAGUUGGGCCAACAGCGAGACCAGUAAGGCUAGAAGCACUUUCAAAAAAGAAAUUAGCUAUAGAUGCCUCGAUUUGGAUAUAUCAAUUUUUGAAGGCAAUGCGUGAUAAAGAUGGCAACUCCUUACCAUCAUCACAUAUUAUUGGGUUUUUCCGAAGGAUAUGUAAACUAUUGUAUUUUGGGAUAUUGCCUAUAUUUGUGUUUGAUGGAGGAGUGCCUGCUUUAAAAAAGCAAACCAUCAAUAACAGAAAACAACGAAGAGAAAAGAAUUCUGAAUCACGGCAAGAGACUGCUCAAAAGUUGUUAGCCAUACAAUUGCAAAGAGAAGCAGAAAACGCGUUGAAUCGACUGAAAAAACCAUCAAAUAACACUACCAAUGGCGACGAUGACGACGUUAUAUAUUUUGAAGACUUGCCAAUAAAUAAACCGGAGAGAGAAUCAUCAACCCCGUCAUCAAUAGUUUACAGAAAGAAUGAUGAGUAUCAUUUACCAGAUCUAAAGGAGUUCAAAGUGUCGAAAUUCGAUGAAAGAAUUAUGCCUGAGGAAGAUUUGACAGAAUUUUAUGAAGAUUUCGAUCAUGUUGAUGGGAUUAAUAUAAAUGAAAUUGACCCGAAAUCUAAAGAAUUUGAAGCAUUGCCUAUUGCCACACAGUAUAUGAUAUUGUCUCAUUUGAGACUAAAAUCUCGAUUGAGAAUGGGGUAUAGAAAGGAACAGUUGGAAGAACUAUUUCCAAAUAGUAUGGAUUUCUCAAAGUUUCAAAUACAACAAGUUCAAAGAAGAAACUUUUAUACACAAAAAUUAAUGGAUGUAACAGGAAUGGGUGCGGAUGCGACCAUAUCGAAGCGACUUGCGGGUGACAAAGACAGAAAGUAUGCUCUUGUAAAGAAUGAAGAUGGUUGGACUUUGGCAUUAGAAGGUAAUUCCGAAGACAAUCCAAUACAGGUGGACUCCGAUGAAGCUGAAGAUAUUACACGUGAAGUCAAUAGUUACAAGGAAGAUUUGAGGCAAGACAAAAAGGACGAAGAGAGUGAUUCGGAUUUUGAAGAUGUUCCUUUAGAGGAAAUACCAGAAACAGAAGAAGAUAAAGACUAUCAACGGGCAUUAAUCAAAUCAAUUUAUGAACAGUAUAAUACACAGGAAAAUAUGCAAGCUCCAACAAGUACUAUAAAUGGUGUUGAUGACGACGAAUUGAGGAAAGCUGUAGAAAAGUCUAAGAUUGAUUACUUUGAGUUACAGGCUAAGGAAACACAACAAUUGGAAGAAGAAAAAUUUGAUUUCGGAUCGUCAAUGUUGUUUUCAACGAAUGCUGUGAAGGAAGAAGCUCUCCAGAAUAGUGAGGAGAUUUCCAAUUUAACUGAACAUGCUCAUACUCAAGUAAACACUGUCCAUCCCAGUGAGCAAGAUAAAAUCAUAAAUAGUGAUACCAAGAAGGAAUUACCCAAUUCCAUAGGUCAAUCUUUUUUGUUUAAUGCAGAUCCUCACAGGACAGGUAAAAUAGAACUCCGUACAAAAGAAGAAACAAUCUUUGAACCUGAAGAGAGUGAUUUUGAAGAGGCAAAAACUAAUAAUGAUCAACUGAUAUCCCACAUAGAAAAAGCAAAGAAACAAGAACCCACAAAGGAUCAGCAAAAGUUACCUGAUUGGUUUCAAAGUGAAGUUAACAAGACUUUAAACCCACAUAAUGUCAAGUUUGUUAACUACAAUGAUUAUCAAAUACGUAACCAAAAAAAUCAAGAAGAAAAGGACGCUGGAUUGGUUCCUUGGUAUGAAGCCAAAGAAAUUUUGGAGCAAGAACAGUCAGAUGAAGAAGAGCAGGAACAGGAGCAGGAGAAGCCAGACAAUGAUAGUGAUGAAAUCGAGGAAAUCAGUAAGGAACAAGUGAAUAUAUCCAUUUCUGAAGAGAAGGAAAGUGUGCCACCACUGUCAGUUGAAGAUAUAAGAAAGCCAGCUGUGAUGGAUUACCAGUUUGAAGAAGAAGACGAAGAAGAGUUGGUCCAGCAGUUACAAAAGGAAGAACUUGAUCAUGAAAGUCUUAAACAUCAAAUCAAAGCAUCGCACGCAAUUCCAUUGACAUCACUUGAAACAAGAAUUACAGAUGAGCAGUUAUUACAAGAAAAAUUUCAGAAAGCAAAGAGAGAUUCUGAUGAAGUUACUGAAACAAUGAUAAAUGAUGUACAAGAGCUUUUGAAGAGAUUUGGAAUUCCAUAUAUCACCGCACCAAUGGAGGCUGAAGCCCAAUGUGCAGAGCUUUACAAAAUUGGUCUUGUGGAUGGAAUUGUAACUGAUGAUAGUGAUUGUUUUUUGUUUGGUGGAGACAAGAUUUACAAGAAUAUGUUUGACCAGAAACAAUAUGUUGAAUUUUAUCUACAGGAUGAUCUUUUCAAUAAGAUGGCGUUAACACAGCACAAGUUAAUCGAGUUGGCACUUUUAUUAGGAAGUGAUUACACUGAGGGCAUCAAAGGUAUUGGUCCGGUUCAGGCAAUGGAAAUACUUGCUGAGUUUGGAAACUUGGAGAAGUUUAAAGAAUGGUUUGACAAGCAUACAAAAUCAGUUGCUGAUAAAACAGAGCUCACCAAAUUGCAGAAAAGUUUACUAGAUCGAAUUAAAAAGGGUAAACUUUAUCUUCCUGAUAGUUUCCCUGAUAAAGUGGUUGAACAAGCGUAUAUGUCACCAGAAGUUGAUUCUGAUAAAACAGAAUUUCAAUGGGGGGUACCAGAUUUGGAUCAAAUUAGGUCUUUUUUAAUGUACAACCUUUUGUGGACACAAACAGAAGUGGAUGAGGUCAUGGUACCACUUGUACAAGACAUGAACAAGAAAAAAUUAGAAGGAAGACAAUCUACUAUUAGCGAAUUUUUUCCUCAAGAGUAUAUACAAAGUAGAAAAGAACUUAACCUUGGUAAAAGGUUAAAGACAGCUGCAAAUAAGUUGAAAAAACAGAAGCAUUUAUAG